GCUUUUUCAGCAUGGUAGUUGGGUAAUCAGUGGGUCUGACCACUGAUGACCCUUGACCUCUGCAUCAUUUCCGUGUCAGCCAUCUUUGUUCUGACUCGAAGCCGUCGUGACUUCAGGGAAGAAAUCCUUCUAUCCGUCUUCCCUCAUACGGUGUGACUAUAAACCAGCAUGUCCAUACAACACCAGGAGUUCAUCUGUGGCCUCUCGCAAGAGGUGACCAUAGCAGUCCUCCCCAGACUGAACAUGAAGGAGCUGAUGUUUGAACUGAACAGAAGGAUUCAAAACCUGGAUAAAGAGAACAGCAUCAAGGACAGACUAGUCAGUAUCCUUAGGGACGUAAUGUUGGAGGAAUACUGUCAGUGGAAAAGGAGGUCACAACUCAGUUCUCCAGACGAAACCACCAUAUUUGGGCAAAAUCAGGACACAGUUGCCAUUCAAGAGAAAUUUGUUCUGACUUCGUAUGCAGGAACAAUGGUAUCGGAGACUUCAAGUUACGACACCUCACAGCAAAGGUUUGGACUGGACAUUGUGAUAAAGAAGGAACGCGAUACAAGCAGUGAAGUGCUCAUGCAUACAGAGCCAAAGGAUCUCGACUCGGAUUCAGACCUAAUAAUACAACCGAACCAUGAACUUUGUAACACGCCCAGUUCAGGCUCACAAAUGCUUCCCUCAUUCAAAACCUCCCUGACACAAAUGAACGUCACAGCAGACUCUCUCAUUAAAGAAGAAGACAUUGAUAUGCUUACUAGUACUGAGGACGCAGCAUGUAGAGCUCGCCAUGACGAGCUUGACAUCGACACUUCUACAUUCAGUAUGCAGGUCUUGAAUACAAUCAAUUCAAUGAAUAUAUCUUACUCAGAGACUCCAGUGGAAAGCGAUACACCCGGUGAGGAAGCACCUUUGGCUUCUUGUCAUCUGCCUCCAGACAACGGUGACGUACCUUUGGAAAAUGAAUGUUAUGUUUUAGAAGAUUACCAAAUCAAGCAAACGUCGCAACCUUCAAACCCUGAUCAAACUGAACACUAUACUGAUGACAGAGAGACUGGUUUCAUCAACAGCGGACUUGAGCAAAGUAGGGAAGAAAGUAAUGAUGAAAGUAGUGAGGAAAAAUCAUUCGCACACAGUGUCCCCAAGCAUAGGCAACGCCAAAAAGAAGAAAUGCCUUUCAUGUGCGGCGAAUGUGGUUAUAGGGCAUCUAGUAAGCAUCAGCUUGUCAGACACAUGAGAAAACACACCGGCGAGAAGCCGUUCAAAUGUAAUCACUGUAACUUCAAGGCGUCAGUGAAACACAAUCUAGUCCAGCACAUGAAAAGACACAAAGAUGCAGAGCCUUAUAGAUGUAAAAUUUGUGUCUACAAGACCUACCGAAAGUCGGAUGUUGAGAAACACAAGAUGUACCACUCUGGUGUGAAGUCCUACAAAUGUGAGGAAUGCGAGUAUCGGACAACUCGAAUUUACCAUCUUACUAGACACAGGAGGCGUCACACCGGUGAGAGAUACAGUUGUCAAGAGUGUGACUACAAGUCAAUAGAUAAGUCCAACUUCGUCAGGCACAUGAGAAAGAAACACCAGUGAAGCUACUGUCAGUUACCAACCAAAAAUAACUUCAUACAUAUUUUGGGUAGAAGCUUUUUUCUUCUUCAUUUACUUCCUUUUUGCUAACUAGAAACCAGACAUAAAACAUGAUCAACUUUCGUAUAGCAACUUUAUCUAUUCGUUUAGCUUUAUUCAUUUGUCCUUUUUGCUUAUUUCUGUUUCCUUUAGCCAAAAUAGACCAGCCUAGUGACUUUCCACUACUUUACAGUCUUACCUUGAUAAAGAAUGAUUAUACAAUAGUUCAUGAUUCAAGCGUAUGCAGUUGUGAAAGAUAGCAAUAGCGUGUAUUCUAAGAUAAGUUUCUAUUUAGUACAAAGUUUUUGCCUGUGCAUGUACUGUUACAGCACUCACAGAGGAAAAGAUGAUAAAAACGAUGUUAACAACAUUACAAGUAAA